AUGGCUGAGGGCAGCGAACUGAUGAACCGACUCAUGAGUGAGAAUGCGGACCUCAAGAAGCAGGUGCGGCUGCUGAAGGAAAACCAGAUGCUGAAGCGCCUGCUCAAUGAGAGCUGUCAGGACAGCUGCGGCCAUGGCAGCCGUGACCUGCUUUACCCCAAGGGGCCCACCUACCCUGAAGAGACCUGCUCACCUGGGAGUGGAGUUUCAGACUUUGGGCGGUUCUCCAAUGUGGUGGACACGUCGUCUCAGCUGCAGACCAGCUCUCUGGAGGACCUGCUGUGUUCCCACGCGCCCCUUUCCAGCGAGGACGAUCCCUCCCUCGGUUGCACCACUGCCUCCCCGGCCACCUUCAAGGCCUUCCUGAGUCCCACCGAGCUGCACACGGCACGGGGCACGGAGCGGAAGCUGUCUCAGUUCCUCAGCCCCCUGCAGGACUCGCUGGUGGACAAGAGCCUGCUGGAGUCCCGAGAGAUGGCGCGGCCCAAGAAGGUGUGCUUCUCGGAGAACAGCCUGCCCUCUGGGGACAGGACCCGACGCAGCUUCUACCUGAAUGAGAUCCAGAGCUUCUCAGGCACCGAGAAGGACGGUCGCAUCGUGGGGGAGAUCGCCUUCCAGCUAGAUCGGCGCAUCCUGGCCUACGUCUUCCCUGGGGUCACCCGGCUCUAUGGUUUCACCGUCUCCAACAUCCCCGAGAAGAUCCGGCAGACGUCUGUCAAGUCCCUGGAUGGCACGGUGGAUGAGAAGAAGCUGCGCGAGCUCACACACCGCUACCUGACGCUGACGGCCCGCCUGGAGAAGCUGGGCUACAACCGCGACGUGCACCCGGUGUUCAGCGAGUUCCUCAUCAACACCUACGGCAUCCUGAAGCAGCGCCCCGACCUGCGCACCAGCCCCCUGCACAGCAGCCCCGCGGCCCUGCGCAGGCUGGUCAUCGACGUGGUGCCGCCCAAGUUCCUGGGCGACUCGCUGCUGCUGCUCAACUGCCUGUGCGAGCUCUCCAAGGAGGACAGCAAGCCGCUCUUCGCCUGGUGA